GGCGGCGCGAUGAGCGGCUCGAAGGCGAGGGCGGCGGCGGCGGCGGCGGGGCCGGAGAAGAAGCCGCCGCCGGGCUCCGGGGGCCCGCUCAGCCGCCUGCGGGGCCGGCGCGGCUCGGCCGACUCGGCGCCGCGGCCGCCGUGGACCGAGUCCGAGCUGCUGGCCCUAGAGACCGUCCGGCCCGAGCACGUCCUGGGGCUGUGCCGGGUGACGGAGAAUUAUUUAUGCAAACCCGAGGACAACAUUUACAACAUUGACUUUACCAGGUUUAAGAUCCGGGACCUCGAGACUGGAACGGUGCUGUUUGAAAUUGCAAAGCCGUCUGCCUCGGAGCCAGAUGAGGAAGAUGAGGAUGCCAGCAGUGAGCUGGACGCCAGCGCCGGCCGCUUUGUUCGGUACCAGUUCACCCCGGCCUUUCUGCGGCUGCGGACCGUAGGUGCAACAGUGGAAUUCACAGUGGGAGAGAAGCCAGUGUCAAACUUCCGAAUGAUUGAGAGGCAUUACUUCCGAGAUCGUUUGCUGAAGAACUUUGACUUUGAUUUUGGCUUCUGCAUCCCGAGUAGCAGGAACACAUGUGAACACAUUUAUGAAUUCCCUCAGCUCUCAGAAGACCUUAUCCGUCUGAUGGUAGAGAACCCGUACGAGACCCGCUCAGACAGCUUCUACUUUGUGGACAACAAGUUGAUUAUGCACAACAAGGCUGACUACGCUUACAACGGAGGACAGUAACCAUCCUGUGUCCACUGGGUGCUGUGAUGCUGGUAACCAUUCCACAUGUCCAGGAGUAGACUGGAGUUGCUGUCUCUUGCAACAAGGCUUCUUGCCAAAUCUUUUCUCCUUGCAUGAGGCUGAACACAUGAAGCAAAGGCAACAGCUCAUGAAAGGAAAGGAGAUCUCCCUGUGACACUUCUCUCAACAUACCCUUCUUCUCAUUCUCUCUUUCUGGUUAGCUUCUGGUACCUUGGUUAGGUCAUGGAUCAGAGGCACCAGUAGAAAAUUCUUGCUGUUACAGUCUUCACAGGUUGCACUUUCAGUGCUUCCACUCUUGGGUAAUCACCCUCUUUUAAGAGGUCAGAUUCUUUGAGUAAGCUAUUUCUUAGCACAGAAAUGUUACCCCUUCAGGUGGCCAGUGAUGCCUCAAGAGCAGAUCUCUUCUCUGAAUAGAUCAUGUCUUUAGUGCACAGUCCUUUAGUUUGUAGCAUGACCAACAUUCCUCCUUAGGGUGUAUCCCAAUAUUCCCCAGCAGGAAAGAUAAAAUAAGAGGCUUAAUUCAGCUUCUAAGCAGUGCAGGAAUCUUCCUCCUGCCUCCAGGGACCUGAGCUACCCCCAGAACAGUUUGAUUUGUGUCUUACCAGAGAUUUCAGUAGAGAUAGGAGAAAAAAAGGGGCUUUAUCCAGGUUGGUCAUCAAUAGCAUGUCUGUCGGAGCUCUUGUGAGCAAAUUGUUGCAUUUUGGAGCUCAGAGGUCAAGCUUGGAGCUGAAGUUAAUCUUGCUAUAUCUACCAUUUCUUCUGCGUCUCUUUGUGUAGGAAUUUUGUCUCUUGCUACAGAAUGCAUUGCUUGUCAGUCUAGCUGGGGUGGAGGGAAGGUGUCAGUCUAGUGGGGCUUAGUGGAAAAAGAGAGACAAUGUGGAAAAUCACUGGAAAACUGUGCAGGAAGCAGAGCUUCCUAGGCUUCUGUCUCUGUGCUUUUUAAACCUGAAUGAUCAGUCAGAGUGCUGGAAGGAGAGAUGGGGGCGUUACCAGCUCAUGUGCUUUGUUUCAGUUGAGAUAUUAGUAGCGAAAAGCUUCCCAGGUCAGAUCCCUGGGUGUUGAGGGAUUCUUAUAGAGGGAGAAUUUACAUGAUUCUCUUUUUAAUUGGUGGAGUUCCCAUCGCUGCUUUGCGUAUUUAACUGCUUGCUGAUGGUUUAGGAAGGUCCUCUGCCAAGUUAGUUACCUCCAGCCCAGAGGGUGUAUUUCACAGCUGUGUUUGGGAUGUGGCGAUAGGAGAUAGCAGUGGGAGGAGGAGACUGGUGUCUGCCCAGCAGCCAUGCUGGGGCCCAGCUCCUUACCAUGCAGAAUCUCAGCUAACAAACCCCUUUUCUGCCUAUUUUGCUGAGCCUGGCAUCUUUCCUGUCCCCUCCCUGGACUGCUCAGUGUCUCUGGUACAAGGGAGUUGGGUUGUGUCUAGACCAGAGACCUUUGUUAGUAUUAGUUCCGUUUCUUCCUUGGGACAGUUGAAACUUAUGAUACAGUUGAUCACCUGUUGUGUUGAGUAAGAUUCAGUGUAGUUUAUGUUUUAGCAGGAUAAAGUGGGGUGGGAAUCACAGCCUGAAGCCUGUUCAUGCACAGACAGCAACAGGAAGCCACUGCCUUUAGCUGGCAGACUGAUGGUGUUGACUUUGGCAUAGAGCAUCAGAUGGCAUCGGGGUGAGCAGUGAGAGUGUGUGAGGUGGCAGCUGUGAAAGAAUCUCCAGCUCUUGGGAAGAUAUUUAAUGAUGAUUAACCACAACAAAUGAGCUGUUCUGGGUGGAGCAUUAAUCAUAGGCAACCACAACAAAUGCCUUGGGAAUGCAGAGGGGCAAGGUCUGCGUGGAUCAAAGAUGAGCAACAGUUGUGCCACCAUCGAUCCCCUCAACCAUCUCCAGGGAGUUGUGUUGUUUCAGAAUUAGAGUUGCUUCUGAGGUGCAGCCUGAGCUGCCUCCUGCAGGGAUUGUCUGCAGAAGGCCUCGUGCUGUGCUAGCGAGGUGGGAAACCUUGGCUUUGCUGCAAGUUACUUGUGACAAGGCAGAAGUAUUUGAAAGUGUGAUUUGCAUCCUGAAGCUUUCCCAGAUGCUCAGGAUAGUGUCUGAGGAGCCUUGCUAGUUACUCCCUGGGAAACUUUAGUGCUUUGAGAUGAAUUUGUGUGCAGUACAAAUCCAGGUGCCUUUAAAUGUUAUUAUUGUCACAUUUUCUAUGUGAAGCAACCUCUUGCUUUUCUUACAAGUAUGAUGAGCCUUAUCAGUUUUCUGUGUCAGUGUGUAAAGGUUGUUAGAAGAAAGAUGGACUGUAGCCAGAGCAAUUACAGUACAGGCAAAUGCCACUGUGUGUGAGGUGUUUGCAGUGUGAGCCCAGGGCAGUUGAGCCAGGGUGUUUGUAGGGGCAGAGGUGCCAUCCAGCUGCUGCUCUGCCCAAGAGCACCCUGCCAAGUGUCAGUGAGGCAUUUGGUGCUUACAGUCCUUACCUCUGCCAGCAGUGAGAAUAAAAAAGGCACUGAAGCAGUUGCUUUCCCAUUAGUGAAUGUAUCAGCUAUCCAGCAAUAAGAAAAGGAAGAGUGGAGGAACAUGGAAAGACUUGCAGGCAGCAGUAGCACCCCUCACUUUGCAGCUUCAUUUGUUUGCUUUGCCAGAGUAGAAGGUCUUUGCCCCAAAAGCAUGCUGCAGAAAGCGAGUCCCUACAAGAGGGCAACCCAGCACUGAAAAAGCUGAUUGUAAUCCAAAAGGCAGGGAUUUCCAAACUCCUGUGCCCCCUCAGCUGCUCCUGAGGUUGUCUUUUAGAUAUUUCUAUAGUGUCUUCUCUUUGAGGCAGGGAUGAUUGUGUGCUUUAAUGAUGGGUCAAAGCUACUUGUGCCAGUGAGCUAGGAAGAAAUUCCAGUGGGAUCUCGUCAGGUAGAUGCUCUGUCCCAGACAGGUGCUAAAGGCCACAGAGAUGCUUUCAGUGUCCGUGGGCAUUUGAGCAAGGGAAAAGGUAUCUGUGCAGACAGCUUCUCUCAGGUUGUGUGCUGAGUUGGAAUCACACUGUGUUCUAUUCUAGCAAAAAAAAGGGACCAAACCCACAGACUAAAGCUUUCCAGUAUUUGUUCUUAUAGCCCCAGGACCUCUUUUUUUCACAUUUUUGAGGCAAGUGCUUUGUAUCUAAGCUGUCUGAGCAAGCUUCCUGGACAGCUGUUUUCAUGACUGACUGAGGAAUAUGUAUUGCAACUUGUGAAGGAAGGCUGUCCCUUGUGUGGACUGGCUACUGCUGUCCUCAUCCUCCGUUCUUGGUAGGAAGUGUCUUCCUUUCCGUGUUUUCCCCAGGAUUGUCAGUGUCUAUUGCUGCAGGGAAGCAGGAUUCUCCUCUCUGGUGCAAGAGGAUGUUUAUUCCACCUGUCUGAGGAAGAAAAAUACAAGUGUUUAGAGGUCAGAAGUGAAUGAGGAAGGUGGAGAUGAGGCAGGAAGGUCUGAAUGCGGUAACUCUGCUCAGUGUUCCAUGCCAUCCUCUUCGCUUUCCCGUCAUCUUUCUCCCGCCCUGCUCCCUGUUCCAUCGAGCUCCCAGCUGUGAGCCUGGCCCGGGCUCGGGUGCUGUUCUCGGACUCACCACUGCCGUGGCCCUGGAGCUUUACGCUGAGGACGAGCUGGGGGCAGCCACCGCCUCAUCCACAACGGACACGAACCACCACCAGCAGCCGCCCGGCGCAGCCCGGAGCGGACUCGGACUCGUAUCUCACACUGUGGCCUUGGGGGCUCGGCCGCGCUGUCCCCUGGGGGGCCCGGUGCCGCGGUAUUUGUACAGACGUCGUUUUGUCACCAGCAAUAGGAAUAAACCGCCCUCCCGUUGGCA